CGAGGCCACUGGGCUACCGAACGAAUGAGAGCCAGCCCCUGCCCCCAGGUGCACAAAUUCACACAAGAGAAGGCCACCUAAACAGGUGGCUUACCAUUCCGUUUCCAAAAGGAAAUACUAUUGUGUCAGAGAGGCACAAGUUUAUGGUAAAACCACAGAGAAAAACAGGAGAAUCAUGUCCACAAAAGUGAGGCUGAUGGUCGGAGGGAGAGGGUUCAUUUGGAGCGGGCCAUCCGUGGGUUCCAAGGGGCUGGAAAUGUUCUGUUUUUAACCUGGUGGAAUUAGAGAAUAAAAUCCCAGCACGAUGUUCCUCAGUGGAGACACUGAUCCCACGAAAGACGAUGUGGCUGCAGAGUCUCCCACGUGUUCACUGCCAGAAUUGUAUGCAUUGGUAAAGGAUUUUAAUAGAGAGAGCAAGAAAUCGAAUCUCCUAAAAAUUCACAGUAUUUCACCUAGGGAAGCACAGAAAAUACUUAGUCAAAACCUGAAUGCCAUGUCAUUCACCAGUGGCACCGAUGUGAGAGGAAAAGCCCCCCAACCUGUUUCCAUGUGCAAAGUGGUUAGAAAAGAAGAGGAGAAACCAGAAUCUAUGACUGAACUCCUGCACCGCAGCUUGUUGACCAGCUCGCUCUCCCCAAUGGAGAGGCUCACCAGGUCCCAGCAGAGACUCGCCCAGUGUGGCAUCCCUCCUCCCGCGCACACUUUUCCUUAUGAGAUUCUCAUGGAUCACUCCAAAGCAUCACUGGUCAACAUACAGAAGAAGAGUCAGAGCAGCAGGAUACUGUGCAGGCUGGGCAUCUCCUACAUCAAGCCAGAAAAGCUUGUCCUUGAAGACAGCAUUCCUAAAUACGUAUUUGCUAAUUCAGAAAAACAAUUCAUGGAUCUGAAGGAUCUGGAAUGGAAAUAUUAUAAGGGGAUUGUGAAGUGGAAGCACAUUACUUCCGACUCAUUUGUAAACAUAAAAUACAACAGUGAGAAGAGGUUUGUGGAGAGCCGGCAGAUGCCUGAUGUUAUUUCCCCCCCUCUAGUUCGUAGGUCUUUGGUCAUUUGUCCUCAGGUUGAUUAUCCAAAAAAAUCUACCUUCUUCUUAAAUUGAAUAGGAAGUUUAUUAAAAUAUCUUGGAUGUAAAUUUUGCUUUUGAGAGCAUUACAUUUAUACAUGAAAAGUAAAGAAGCAGAGUCACCAUGGAAUACAAGAACUGAAUCUCUACAAAAUGCAUGUAAGGUCCAAAAUUAAACCAUUAAUGUGGAGCAAAGGAUCCAAAUUGAUCUGCUAAUAUAAGACGUGGUUUGGACUGGUGAAACCCAUCUGGACCAAGACGGAGGCAAACCUGGAUCAUGGGAAAAGAAAGGCGCGCAUGAAGGAGAACUCCCCAGCAAGAAUAGCUCUUAAACAGAUUGUAAGCACAUGAAGAAGUGCAUUAUCAUAAAAAUAGUUGAUAAGUUCAACUAAUGGAAGAAUUAACAUCUGAGGAUGUAGAGAUCAAUCCAAGAACUUAAAAAUAAUAUGUUCCCUGCUCAAAGACAUGAGGAGGGAAGUGGCACCUAUGAAUUAAGAACAGGAAGAUGUGGAACAGAACAAAUUGAAAAUCUUGGAAGUGAAAAUUUAGCCAUCAAAAAUAAAAUAAUAACAAUAAUAAUAUUCAAUAAAUCACCUUACUAGUAUUCUGAGGUAUAUAUCUGAAGAGGAUUCAUUUGGAAGACAGUACUGCGGGAGAAGCUUCCAGAUAAUAGCACAGGAAGAUAAAGGAAGAAAUUAUGAAAGAAGUUAAGGGUAAUGGAGGGUAGAGUGAGAAGUUCAGAAAUAUAGCCAAUGGAAGUUGCAGAAAAAAAUAAGGAAAAGAGAUGAUGUUUGGAAAUAAAGUAAUUCCAAAAAUGAAGAGACACAUGAAACCCUGAAUUGAAACAUACCACUGAGUGAUUAGCAACAAAAUAGAAAUAAAUUAUGCCUGGAAGCACCGUAGCAAAACUGCAGAGCAUUAAGCAAGAAGGGAAAACAAGAAGAGAAGAUAGAGGACAUGCAAAGAAAUAACAAGUCAACAGUGGAACGUUCGUUAACAACAUCAGAAGGGGAUGGUGUCACAUACCCAAAAUGCUGACAGGAAACAACCGUCCAUCUGGAAUUCUCUAACCAGCCAAACUCUCUUUAAAGAAUUGGGACAAAACAAAUACAUCUUAAAACAUAUAAGAGCCAAAAUUGUUUACUACCCACAAUCCCUUACUGGAAAAAUUGCUAGCACUUUAACAAGAACCCAGAGGGAAUGCAAGAAAUAAUGGUGAGCAAUUAAAUGAUUAAUAGUAUAUGUGUAUGAUUGUGUACAUGUUAAAAGAUAUUUCUGAAUUCUAUUUCUUAAUAUUUUAUUUAGAAAAUUUGCCUCAUUAUAAGUCAAAUUAUUCUGUAGUUUCCACUUUUUACACUAUUUUUUUGAAUCAGAUUUUGGCUACAGCAUAGUGGAUUUCUUCAGCAGGAGAGACUAGAAAUUGGCAUGAGGGAGGUUUCUAGGGUGCUUAUAAUAUUCUUGUAUUUUGUGGGGUUUUUGUG